AUGACUGUCCACGUGCAUUGGUUGAAUGGUGUGCCCGCUUGUGAGGGUUGGAUAGAAAAGUAUUCGGUCGGUCGCAGUUUUUUUUCCAGAAAGUCGUGGCAGAUGCGUUAUGUCGUUGUAACCAGCGAGGGCAUAGGGUACACGCAUAAAAUACCCAAUCGAUGUAUGAAACCAUCGUCCGCACGAUGUUUUGUGCCAUUUGAAGGGCCUCCUAAGAGUAGCGGAGGGAUUCAUCUUCGGCCCGUUUAUCUUCUUCGACAUGUCACACCUUCAAUGCAUCCAGAAGUUCCUGACGGUUGUCAAAAAGCGCUUUCAUGCACCUUUAGCGGAAGUGAUGUUUCCUGCGAGCAUCACUACUUUGCGAUUUCGUUUGAAGAGCGAAAGAAACGACUUUUUCUUCUUCUUCGCACUAAAUCAUUAGAGGAUUACAAUGUGUGGACGUUGGUACUUUCAGUCUAUGUGCCUGCAGGAAGCAUUAAAACUGUUGUUCCUGUACCCCACCCGCUAGAGAACUAUCGCCACGGCUCUGCCUAUUUUUUCAAUUCAAAAAAAGGAUUUUUCAAAAUUUGGGAUAACGUUAUUAAUGUUGCAACUGCUGGCUUUUACAUGGUAGAUCCUGAUCCAUGCACAGCGGCCGAGCUUGGCAGGAUCAAAAAACUUGUGCUUAGCUGGGACGAGGGGGAGGCAUUUCGGUGGCAAAGCCUCCGCAGUGGAGAGAAUUCUACAUCUCAUCGAACGACUAUCCUUCAGGAAGAGAAUGAGGAGGAAUGGCGCAAACUGUUGAGUGUUGCAGCAGAGUUGGAUGCCGUGUGUGGGCCAACCGAAGAAUCGACUGGAUACACGGAGUAA